AUGACUUUGCUCUUUAAUGACAUUUUGAUCCAACAAAAAAUCCCUCACCUUCUCUCUGCUGAGCUCAAGCUCGCUGGUGCUACCAUCGUUGUUUGCAACGUCUCCCUUAACUCUGGUUCUUGCGAAGACGUCGAAGCUGCUGGUGCUGCCGGAGCUGUGAAAGUGGAGGACAUAUCGGAGGUUGAAGCUGGCGGUGGAGUCAAGGGGAAAGUGACAGAUCCCUUUGGUUUCACCUGGAUCUUCACUUCUCCGGCCAAAAAGACUGAUAACUGUUUUUGGUACCUUUAACGAUUUGGGCUUUUCUUCAAUUUUUCUGGGUUCUAGAUUGUGCUUGUGAUAGCCUCUAGAUUGUGAGAUGUUUAAAUUGUAUAUAUACAGGGGAGAGAGAAGAGGUUAGAGUCUCUGGGUACUAAAGUCUUUGGGAGUGAACUUUGUUUCACUUUCACUCUCAGUUUUGUUCUUGGUUGUCUUCUUAGUUAUGGUCAUUUUUUUUCAUUCUAAUCGAUGUUUUUGGUUUGGAAAAUUUAGGUCAGUUUAUGUAAUGUGAAUUUAAGAUCUAUUUUGUAA